AUGCCCCCAAUUUACUAUGCCAAUAGAACGUUGAGUGGAGCCCAACUAAACUACACUGUGACUGAAAAGGAGAUGCUGGCUGUGGUGUUUGCAUUCGACAAGUUCAGAUCAUACCUUAUUGGCUAUAAGAGGUUGAAGUGUUCGAUGUUUGUGGAAGCUGCAACAUUUCCCACCAAUGAUGCAAGAGUGGUGGUGGGGUUUUUGAAUAAGGACAUAUUCACCCAUUUUGGGACCCCGAGAGCUAUUAUCAGUGAUGGGGGCACUCACUAUUGCAAUCGAUCUUUCGAGAAGUUGCUAGCGAAGUACGAUGUGCGCCACAAGGUGGCAACACCAUAUCAUCCUCAGACCAAUGGAUAG